UCGAUUGCAUUGACAAUGGGAGUUGAUUACUAUAACAUACUGAAAGUAUCACGUAACGCUAGUGAAGAAGAUUUAAAGAAAUCAUACAAGCGAUUAGCAAUGAAAUAUCAUCCAGACAAGAACAUUAACAGUGCAAACAAAAUUCAAGCAGAAGCGAAAUUCAAGCAAAUAUCUGAAGCAUACGAUGUGCUUAGUGAUAAUAAGAAACGUCAGAUCUAUGAUAUGUACGGUGAGGAUGGAGUUAAGUACCAUGAUGAAUGUGGACGUAAUGCUCAGGAUAUUUUUGCUGAGUUUUUUGGUGGAUCAGAUGGGUUAUAUAAUACUAGUAGUGGUAGUAGUAGUAGUUCUGGUGUUGCUGGUAGGAAAGCAGUGGCAGUGGAGAAUAAAUUGAGUUGUAGUUUGGAAGAACUUUAUAAAGGAUCUAGAAGGAAAAUGAAGAUUUCAAGAAUUCUUCUUGAUGAAUCCGGUAGGCCUACAACCGUUGAAGAGGUCUUAGCAAUACACAUCAAACCAGGGUGGAAGAAAGGCACAAAAGUCACUUUUCCAGAGAAAGGGAACUAUGAACACGGAGCUGCCCCUGGCGACCUUAUUUUUGUGAUAGAUGAAAAGCCACAUGCUGUCUUCAAGAGGGAUGGAAAUGAUCUAGUCAUCAAUCAGAAAAUUUCUUUACUAGAUGCUCUCACUGGGAAAAUUAUCAGCUUGACCACUUUGGAUGGAAGGGAACUCACAAUACCAAUCACAGAGAUUGUCAAACCAGGACAAGAGCAGAUAAUCCCAAAUGAGGGAAUGCCAAUAUCAAAGGAACAUGGCAAAAAGGGAAAUUUGAAGAUCAAGUUUGACAUUAAAUUUCCAUCAAGGCUAAGUGCAGAUCAGAAAUCUGAUCUUAGAAGGGUGCUGUGCAGGAGCAUUGACUAGUCCUGUGUUUAACUUAAGGUGCCACUAACACUAUCAUGGAGGUGCAGCAUAAUGUAAAUACUUAACAAGUUUUUCUGUAGAAAUGAAAUUGUGCAUAGUAGGAUAGUUUUAAGGAUGCCUUUCAACAUUUACAAAUAGUGAGCACCAACAAGGGAGCUACAUGCUACUUUAGCUGCUUACAUUUUCUUUUGUUGGAUGUAAAAGGAUAAGUAUUUAAUAGCUGUGUUGUUUUAUCUGAAGGUGGAUGCUAUAUAUCAAGUAUUGUGGUUGCGAAUAGUGGCACUGUGUUCUAAUUGUGUAUUCCAUCUAUGGUAGACCUUUGAUGAAUAUAUUGCCUGGUGCUUUUUGGCAUUAGUAUGGACGGAA